GGGGCUGCAGACCUGGACGGAUUAGGGUGUUACAGUUACCCUUAUCCCGGGAGGAAUCACAUCAUUACUUUCUCUCUUCUCCCCCAUGAUCACCACCUUCACUACUCAAACAGCCCCGGGUCAGGCCCUCAAAAACUUUGGAUAAAUUAUGCCCAUUUUCCAACAACCCGGGGGAUUUACUCUUUUCAUCCCUGGGAUGUAUCCCCAUGCUUUGGGCCAAAAUACAAAUCUUCCCAACACGUUGGGGCAUCCCCCGUCGUUUCAACCGGUCAGUACCUCACAGUCGGUCACCUUGACAAAUCUAGCCGGGGAGCUAGAAAGAGCAGGCCCUUUUUGGCCUAGGCUAAGCAGAUCCCACAAGCUCCACACUCAGGUCAUACCCGACGGGGACGUGCGCUCUGUGCACAGCAGGGAUGAAGACUCGGAUAUUCCCAAAGGCCAGAAAAAGCUGCAGGGCAAAGCCGUCCAGCCGGAAGGUUCACGACGGUCAGUGUUCCAGAGGCUGGGACAUGAGGGGCGAAAACAUAAUCGACCGUCCAAGGAGCGGUUGGGGGUGAAGACUGCCCGGGUGGAUGACCCGAAGGCUGCCUGGGUGGAUGACCUGAAGACUGCCUGGGUGGAUGACCUGAAGACUGCCCGGGUGGAUGACCUGAAGACUGCCCGGGUGGAUGACCUGAAGACUGCCCAGGGAAAACCUUCUAAAGAGACAAUGGUGCAGACUCGCAAUAAUGCAAACAUAGGUACCGGAGUUCCCCAUCAGGGCGAGAACAGCGCCACCGGAGGCCGGCACCCUCCUAUCAACGUGACGGAGGUGGAGGCCCUCAUCCAGAGGGUGGUAAUCACGACUGAGAAAUUCAAGGAGGUGUUGGUGGCUCUAACACCCAACCGCGAGAUUGUGGUGGAAGACACGAUCGGAGAACCCGCAGGCGGGAAGGCUAGACCUGCGGACUCAGGAGGAAAGAAGAAAAAGAAGAUAAGGCGGACCCAAAAGAAGAAGGUGACCAAGCCCAAUGGGAAAGCAAGGGUGGAGGACGAACUGUAACACCCUAAUCCGUCCAGUGCUCUUAAAUUAUUCUUAAUCUAAGGCCAAAUCAUUUUUAUACAAGCUCUUAGCUAUCCCUAGUCUAAGGCAAUAUUUCUAACCAGGCCCUUAAACUAUAAAUAGUUUAAUGCAGAACACAAGAAUCGAUAAUCCACCCUAUGAGUCAUGUGGAUUACGUACCAACCGAACAGUGAACUGUCGGGUGGGUGAUAUCCGUUCUGGAUCCCGUACGUACGUUUUAACCCCGAAAUAUGAAUUGGUCAAGGAGGUAUAUCUUAGAGUUCUUCUAGAUAUCCUU